AUAUAAUUCCUUCCCACCUUCUGCUUCCUCCCAUCUCACGUUUCUACGACCUUGUCUCUUUUCUAUCCCUCAAUACGCCAUUCUCCUCCCAGACUCUGUAGGAGAUCCUUCUUCUAAAGAGUUUGAAUCCGUCAAGGGGGAGGUUCUUCAAGGCGUCUGUUCGUUGAGGGGUGGAUAUAUAGAUACACGUAUAGAUUCAUCAAUCUUAAUUCUCAACUUCAUUGUUCUAAAUUAAAUUUCUUCCGGAGUUUCAUCUUCUUCUGGAAUUUUGGCGAGUUGUCAUACGCAGAGAUUAAGAAGAUGUUGGGGGAUUUCAUCACCAGGAUUCUCGUGUUGAUUCUUGGAUAUGCAUAUCCUGCAUUCGAGUGCUAUAAAACUGUGGAAAAAAACAGAGUAGAGAUUGAAGAACUCCGGUUCUGGUGUCAAUAUUGGAUUAUUGUUGCGUUACUGACGGCCUCGGAGCGGAUUGGGGACAUAUUCAUUUCAUGGUUGCCGAUGUAUGGAGAGAUGAAGCUGGCACUCUUAAUCUAUUUAUGGCAUCCCAAAACAAAGGGUUCCUGGUAUGCGUACAACACCCUAUUGAGGCCAUACGUAGCAAAGCAUGAGACAGAGAUAGAUAGAAAGCUGGAGGAGUUGAGGGCGAGGGCGUGGGACUUUGCAUUAUACUACUGGGAGAAUUGCACAAAAUUGGGGCAGACAACAUUCUUUCAAGUCAUCCAGUACGUAGCUUCUCAGUCUGCCAAGUUCAAGACCACCACCGCCUCUGAGGCCCAUCAGCAUGUCGAUCAGCAUCCUCGUCCCAGCGCACCGCCGUUUCCCGAGAAUUCGCCUCCGUCAUUCAACAGCCCCCGCCGCCGAUCCAGCAAAAGCCAGCCCCCGACGCCAUCCGCUACCGCCCAUCACACCGUUUUCCAGCCUCCCCAAGUAGACCACGUGCAACUCCACCCUCACAUCCAUACAGAGUUCAUCCGCGCCGAGGAUAUGUCUCCACCAGAGCCAACCACUCCCAUUGAUGAAACCUUAUACGCUGCCCGUGUAAGGUUACGGCAUUCAAGAGUUCAUUGAUUGAUUAAUCUCAUUUGUAAAAAUCCGAAAUUGAAGAGAGAAAAAAAAAAAUCUGAGAUUGGGAAUUCUUGAAAAUUUUUUUCCUUUUUCCCCAACCAAAAUCUCAAUUAAUUCCAUUCUUUUAUUUAUUUUUUUCUCA